AGAAGAUAAAACUGUUGUGUCGCCUUGACAGGAAGAAGAUGAAGAAGAUCUGGGAGCUGGCCGUCCGCUUCGUGUCCACCAACGACUCUCGCAUUCAGACGGAGACCCAGAGGGUCGGGGGUGCAGACUUCAUGGUCUGGAGGUGGAUCCAGCCUUCGCUCAGCUGUGACAAGAGCACCUCCAUGCCCUCCAAAGUCUGGCAGGGAAAAGCCUUCCCUCUGGACCGGAGGAACUCCCCCCCCAACAGCCUGACGCCGUGUCUGAAAAUCAGGAACAUGUUUGACCCAAUCAUGGAGGUGGGGGAGAACUGGGACCUGGCCAUCCAGGAGGCCAUCCUGGAGAAGUGCUGUGACAACGAUGGAAUUGUUCACAUCGCUGUUGACAAGAACUCAAAGGAGGUACGCUGCUCCGCUGCUCCUGAAUAUCUCUUCCAAGUACCACCAGUACGACCAGCGUGUUGUACUACAGUAUCACAUGAGUACUCUGCGUAGCAUCGUAUAUGUAGUAGCGGUUUACUGCUAAC